AUGGCAGCAGACAGAUUGCCUCUGCUCUCGAACAACGUUUGUGAUGGCAUGUCUGAUAGUGAAUCUGAAAACGAACAGUUUACUCAUAUACCAUAUCAGGACAGAGAGGAGAAUUUGAACUGGUCUGAAUCUGAAACUUCACAGACUCUACAGAACGAUGAACACAGUGAACUUCAAGUUUUACCUUUGCAACAGGACAAAAAGUAUCAUUUGUUUAUAUCAUACAGUUCAGAGGAUCGGGAUGAUGCAAACGAAAUAUGUGCGUGUAUGGAGCAGAGGUUUCAUAUGAAAUGUAUGAACUUUGAGCGGGAUUUCGUUCCCGGAAAAAAUAUUGACGACAACAUCGCAGACAAUAUGCGGAAAAGUGUAAAAGUUCUUAUAAUUUUGAGUCCAAAUUAUUUACAAAGUCACUGGUGCGUGACUGAAGCACGUGAAGCAGCUCAAUUGUCUUUCACGGGUUUCUCCGAUGUUAACGUGAUUCCGUUACUUCUUCGGCCUCUGGGAAAAGAUUUACCCCCUUUUUUGAAGUCGUACGUUUACAUCGACGCACAGAGAGAGUUUGAUGUACCUGCAAAAAUAUACGAGGCUUAUCUGAAUCCAGGUAAUUUUUUUCAUUAUUUUUUCGUAUGCUCAGAUUAG